GUACUUUAUCCUUAAUGAUAACUCAGGUUUGCUGACUAUUAAAGAAGGAACCCCACCAGGAACAUACAACAUAAGAGUUAGAGUCAUUGAUGGAGUCUGGCCAGAUGUUAUCUCAACUGUAAAGGUUAUAGUGAAAGAAAUCAAAGAUGAUGCCCUCCAUAAUGCUGGUUCCAUACGAAUAAAAGGUAUCACACCAGAGGAGUUCAUAUCUCAAUCCCCUGAAAAACAGAGUAAAUACUACCGGAUGAGGAAGCUGCUUUCAGAAAUUAUAUCAGUCCAAUUGGAAAAUGUUCACAUUUUCAGUGUAUUAAACAGUCCAAGUCCAACCCAAGGUAUUGAUGUUUGGUUUGCUGUUUAUGGUCCACCUUAUUAUAAAGCAGAAAAACUCAAUGGCAAUGUAGCAGCCUCCAGAGCAUGGCUGGAAAGCAUCUUGGAUAUAAAUAUCACCCAGAUUGGCAUUGAUGAAUGUGUGACUGCAAACUGUACUCACAGCAGCGGAUGCAGCAGUAAGCAUGAACAGAAACACGUACCAACUGUAACUACAACUGAAAGUGUUUCACUGGUGUCUGUGACAGUCCUGAGUCAUGCUGUGUGUGGCUGUGCAGCUCGGGAGAGUCCUCAUCUUUCCUGCUCCUCAUACCAGACAAACCCUUGUCUCAAUGGUGGCACAUGCACGGACACUGAUUUGGGCUACAGAUGCAAAUGUGCUGCAAAUUUUCAUGGACCAGACUGCCAGCAGACAAAACACAGCUUCAGAGGCCAUGGUUAUGCCUGGUUCCCUCCUCUUCAGCCUUGCUUUGAGAGCCGCAUCUCCUUAGAGUUUAUCACUGAUGUCGCCGAAGGCCUUCUGUUGUACCAUGGACCAGUGGCACGAGGGCAGCCUGAAGAACAGGAAUACUUCCUUGCUUUAGAGCUCUCCGGGGGUGUCCCGUCGCUGACCCUGAGCCACAGCUCUGGUGAGCUUUUCCUGCAGCUCUCACAAAAAGUUAAUGUUGCAGAUCGCCGCUGGCACAAUAUUAAAAUUAUAAAUGAUGGAAAGGAAGUGAAGAUGAUUCUUGACCACUGCGUAAAUGUCUCAGCUAGAGACAAUGACAUUGUCAUUAAGAAGAACUCCCAAAUGGAUCUAUCUGCCUGUGAAGCCUCUGGAGAGAUUGUGGGAUCUCAAAGGCUAUUCAGCGGCCAUCAGCCUCUGCAACUGGGUGGAGUUAAGAAGACUUUGCCUUACCACGAUUCACAAAGGCACUUCAGAGGAUUUGUUGGCUGCAUACGCAAUGUCAUUGUUGAUAGUAAGGUCUAUGAUUUAGAGCACCCUGCAGAGUCCCUGAACAGCGUUCCCGGCUGUGUCCUUACAGAUGAAGUGUGUCAGAGUGGUGGGAUGGCCUCCUGUGGCACUCAUGGCAAGUGUGUUGGUGGUUGGGAUUUCUUUCACUGUGACUGUUCCUCAGGAUAUGCUGGACCAGCAUGUGAAAAAGUUCUUCCAGAGUGGGCUUUUGGAAGGGACAGCUGGAUCCAUUAUGAGCCAAGAAGCAUCCUCAGCAGUCGUAGCACUAGGAUCCAGCUGAUGGUGCGCACUCGUAUCUCCCACAGCACUCUUCUGAGCUUGGCCUCUGCAGAUGGGAACGGAUACAUCCGACUGGAGGUGGUUGAGGGUUUCUUUAGCAUUAACUUCAGUUUGGGGGACAAAAAUCACUCUCUGAGACUGAAGACAUUGCACAUAAACAAUGGCCAGUGGGUUCUUCUGACCAUGGAGCGCUACAACAAUGAAUUCACCCUGCGUGUUAACAGCGGUGGAGGUGAUCAUGAAAUCACCUCUGUCUUGGGUACAAAUAGGUGGUUUGAAACAGAUUGGGCAAGCAUUGUGCUAGGAAACCGCCUUCCCAGUCAUUCAGAGAGCGAUUUCCAAGGUUGUAUGCGUGAUGUCCAGCUGAAUGGUCAGCCACUCCUUGUGGAAGGCAGAAGCACAGAGUUUGGCUUAAUUCUGAGGCGGCAAGGAGUCACCAUGGGAUGCCAUUCCAGUGCCUGCAGCAGCCAGCCCUGUUACAGCCCCUUCCUUUGUGUAGACCUGUGGAGAAAAUAUGAAUGCCGGUGCCCAGCUGGGAAAGUAGAAGUGACUGACACCCUUACAGGGCUCAGACACUGUAGCUCAUCCACUUGUGGACGCUGGACCUGUAGGAACGGGGGUACCUGUGUGGCUCAAUCCCAAGACAAGCCUACCUGCCAGUGCCCCGAAGGUUACAAGGGAAGAUGGUGUGAAAUUAGCCAGGUGAAGGCUGCAAGACCUGUUGGACUCAGCUCUGGCUCUAUUCUGGCAAUCAGCAUGUGCCUCCUUGUCUUCCUAGCGCUCUUGGUUUCCUACACAGUGUGGAGUCAGUGGGGAAGUUCAGGAUUUCGGAAAGGAGGAAUUUACCACAUUCCUGAAGAGCGUGAAAGCUGGGAGGAUGUUAGAGAAAAUGUCUUAAAUUAUAAUGAAGAAGGAGGUGGAGAACAUGACCAGAAUGCUUAUGAUAUAGAUAAACUGAAGAAACCUCUCCGUAAAAUUCCCCACUUCUCCUUGCGGGCAGCUGCUCCACACUCCAGGACACAAACUGGCCCAAAAAGAGACUCAUUCCCAAAACAUGCACAUCAAAAACAAUCAACAUCAGCUGCUACCAGCAUCCUGGACUUAAAGGAAUAUGUUUCUCAAAUCAUCCGGGAUGCAGACAACGAUCCAAAGAGUCUUCCAGCUGACACUAUUCAUUUUUACUGCUUAGAAGGGCAAUGCUCUCUAGCAGGGAGCCUUAGUUCCUUAGAUUCCAUUAGCAGUGAUGAAGAUCUAAAUUAUGAUUGCCUCCAAGAGUGGGGGUCGAAGUUUGACAUGCUUAAAGAACUCUAUAAGGUCUCAAAUGAAAAUUUGUAACUAGAGUUAAAGGAACUUGACACAUUGUCAUGAUGUAUGGACACUGCUUUUAAAAAUGUCCUUUUUUAUAUAUAAGUUACAUCAAGUAACUUAUGUGAUACAAGGUUUUAGUUACAGUAGUAUGAUAUACUCACUUUUCCCAGGAGUGAUAAUCUGAGCAAUCUUUUUAUACGCACUGUACAGUUAUUUAAUGAUAGAAGUGCAAAGACUUUUAAAGCAUGAAUUUUCUUGAAAACUUUGGAAUGUAGGAUUUCUAUAGAAUAGCAUUGUAAUAUCCUUUUUUAUUUGUGUAGACCACAUGACUCACUGGAAUUAUCAUGAAUGCAAGAACUUGAAUUAUUUUCUCCCUAGCAUUAAUAUGAAUUCUAUUGUGUGGGUAACAAUGGGCAGGAAAUUCUUGUUUUUUAAACUGAAUUCAUUUUAGACUGUGAAAUAAUUAUUAAAAAUGUUAAAUAUAAAAUAUUUUGAA